AUGGCGAACCUAUCAAGCCUUGUACACGAGCUCCGCGAACGCAUAGCCGCCACCUCAUCCACUCCUCCAACCACCACCACCACCGCCGCCGCCACUUCAGCACCAAACGACGACGCUUUAGAACUCCGCUUCCGCUCCGUCCUCCCCAAUCUCCUCCACACCUACGUCGUCCCAUCUCCCUCUGCCAAUGAGAGAGAAGUAAUCGCAGUAUUGAAGCUAAUCUCUCACACUGCGAAAAACUUUCCCGGAGUUUUUUACCACGGCAAGGCUUCGGCGAUUUUGCCUGUGAUCGGUCGAGUUCUUCCUUUCUUCGCCGAGCCUUCGUUUCGUUCUAGACAUGGAGUUAUAUUUGAAACGAUUGGAUCGCUUCUGUCGUUGCUUCGCAGCGGCUCGCGUGAGGCGUACAGGCAGUUUUUUGUUGAUGCAAUGGUGGUUGUUGAAGAUAUUUUGUAUGUGGCUUCACUAUAUGUUGACAAUUCAAAUAACAUGGAAUCUGCUAGUUUGAAUUUAAAGUGUUUUUGUGAGUCGUUUGCUGGAAUUUUUAGCGAUCCUGAUCAUCUUGGCGAUCUUCCGGCAAGUAAUAAACCAGCUGAUGGCGUUGGUAUCAUGAUUAACCUUACGGGAAAAAGGAGGUGGCGGCCUUUUGCAACUUGGAUCAUUAAGCUUAUUAAUAAAUGCUUAACUGAUGGAAUUUUGUAUGUUGAAGGACUAAUCGAUGUGUCGUUUGUCUCGGCUGCUUGUUCACUUUUAUGUUAUGGGGACGCUGAUUUGCAUAUGGCAUGCUUUGACUUUGCACGCAUCGUUGGAUCAGUGAUAAAUUACGAUAUCAUUCCCCAUCAUAACUUAAUCCAGUCAAUAACCACCAUAUUAAGCGAGGACAAAGAGGGGCUUCCCGUAUUCAGAAAUACAGUUUAUGAUUCGUCCAUGGGUGGUUGUCUUAAUGCAUUAUACUCUAGUUGUGCCGAUGAUGUUGUGAAGCUAACAGCUGCAGAGUUAGUUGGUGUUUUUCCUCAGUCAAUCUGGAGAACCAAAAGUCAGGAGCUUAAGGUUGCCUUGUGCAAUGCAUACACACGUAUUGCUAAAAUCUGCCCCCCUCAUGUCUGGAAGCCAGAAUCUCUUAUUCGCACUCUUUGUUUCCCAGAACCUUGCUUUCCACUGAUAGAUUGCUUUAGAGUGGCUUUGUCUAUUCUUGGUCCUGAUCGUGUUGGAGGGGAACCAAUAAAUUACAGCGGUCUAGAAUCAUUAACAUCAAGUGAUAAAUCAAUUGAAAACUUGAGGGUUGGAGAAAAGAGGCCUAUUCAAGAUGUGGUUACUUGCAAGGUCAAACGACAAAAGUUGGAAAAUGUUGUGGUGGAGAGCAAGCAUACUUUCUUAGUAAAUUGUGAAACAGAAGAGAAAUAUGCAAUUGAUAUGCACAAAUCACUUCUUUCAUUUGUUAAGUAUCUAAACUCUCCUGCUGUUGAACCUGAUUCUUUAAGUCCAGAUGUCGCUUUGACAGCUCUUAGCAUGCUUUGUAUUGCCUUCUGUAGAUUCCCAGAGACCAAUCUGUCAGUCCGCAUCUUUCAACAGAUGUAUGCAUGGAUCCCCUUGAUAUGUGAGAUGGCAAAGCAAGAAAAUUCAAUCACACUUGAUGUUUUCAUUUAUCUGGAAGGAAUUCACAGCAUUUUGCUCUUGCAGAGUACACCUUUUAUGGAGAACAAGCUGUUCAAAAAUACAGAUGAUGAUGCAGACCUUCUGCAUGUGGUACUAAAGCUUCCUUGGACCCAUUCUCUUACGGUUGCUGAACCUCAUCAUCCCUGGAAAACAAAAUGUAUCUCUGUUCAAGUUGCAUCCAAGCUUGGCCCUAGCUUAAAGACUGAAACUGAUCUUGAAAUCUUGGAUUUUAGUCUUCAUGAUGAAGUUGAAGAAGUCAGAGUUGAGGCUGUGCUUUCCAUGCCUGUGAUUGUCCUGUGGUCUGGUCUUGGUUUACUAACACAUAUAUUCAGAAGGCUGGAGUUAUUGGGGAAAGAGAAGAAUGAGAAGGUUAAGAAUAUUAUUCCCCUUACUCUUGGUUUUUUGUCAUGCCUCUAUGGAUCUUGUAAUGCUGUAGAUGGUCUUUCCAAAAGCACAUGCAAAUUAUUUCUGAAUAUAAACAACGACAAACAUAGUCAGACAGUUGAUUAUUUACUGCAAGGAUUCUGGUGUUCAAAGUGUGACAGAAGCAUUGCACACAAUCCUGAACUAUAUUCAAAAAUUAUACAUCAAGCUGAUAUGCAAAGGACAGAAAUUAGUUUGGACUGUGAUUUUCUCUACCUACAGUCUCUCUUUUUUAAGCUUCUUUAUGAUGAGUCAUCAGAAGAGGUUCAAGUUGCCUGUGUUGCCAUAAUUCGACGGAUACUUAUACAUGGGAAUACAGAUGUUCUGCUUAAAACAAGAUCUGAAUGGACUAAAUGUAUUGAAUUUUUGCUUCUUAACAGAAAAAAGGCCGUAAGAGAAGCAUUUUGUAGUCAGAUAAAUUCCUUCCUUGAGGAUCCUAUUUUGUCUUGUCUAUUUUGUGAUGAGGAGAAACCAACUAAAAUCAAAGAACAGAAGUUUCUGGACAUUAUUAAACAUGCCUUAUCAGCUGCUGAAGAUCCCCAGAUCUUUGAUACUCUUUUGGAAUCUACUGCUGAAAUUAUGAUUGCAGUUGAUAUUCACAGUCAACUUUUCUUGUUUUCUCUUUUCUUGUUGGUCGACCAGCUUGAUAAUCCACACGUGACAGUGAGAAUGAAUGCGUCAAGGUUAAUACACAAAUCGUGCUACUUUCAUCUUAAAGGAGGAUUUGAACUAGUCUUAUCAAAAGUUGUUCAUAUUCGUAAUGAACUGUUUGAUUAUUUAUCUCUGAGGCUUGCCAGCCGUCCAAAAAUGGUCAAAGAAUUUGCAGAAGCUGUUUUUGGUGUUGAAACUGAAGAACUUGUGAGGAAAAUGAUUCCUAUUGUUCUUCCAAAGCUUGUGGUGUCUCAGCAGGAUAAUGAUCAAGCAAUUGAAACCUUGGAUGAAUUGGCCAAGUAUUUAAGUACUGAUAUGGUGCCUUUGAUAGUUAAUUGGCUACCAAAAGUGCUGGCUUUUGCUCUCCAUCAAGCUGAUGGCCAGGAGUUGCUUUCGGCUUUGCAAUUUUACCUUGUUCAUACUGGUUCUGAUAAGCAAGAAAUUUUUGCAGCUGCAUUGCCUGCACUCUUGGAUGAACUUGUUUGCUUUCUGGAUGGGGGUGAUUCAGAUGAGAUAAGGAAAAGGAUAGCAAGAGUACCUCAGAUGAUUAAAGAGGUUGCUAGAGUUCUAACUGGUGGUGAAGAUCUACCAGGAUUUUUGAGAAAUCAUUUUGUUGGCCUCCUUAACAGUAUUGAUAGAAAAAUGCUCCAUGCUGAAGAUACUUUGCUGCAGCAACAAGCUUUAAAGCGUAUUGAGAUGCUGAUUAAAAUGAUGGGUUCUCACCUUAGUACUUAUGUGCCAAAACUAAUGGUUCUUCUUAUGCAUGCUAUUGAUAAAGAACCACUGCAAAGUGAGGGUCUCUCCAUCUUGCAUUUCUUCAUUGAGCAGCUAGCGAAAGUAUCACCAUCUAGCACGAAACAUGUAAUUUCUCAAGUUUUUGCUGCUCUUAUUCCUUUCUUAGAGAGAGAGAAAGAACAUCCUUCAAAUAAUUUGGAUAAAGUGGUGAAAAUUUUGAAAGAACUUGUUUUAAAAAACAAGGUUGUCCUAAAGGAGCAUAUUCGUGAGUUCCCUCCAUUGCCCAGUAUUCCAGCUCUGACAGAAGUUAACAAAGCUAUACAAGAAGCACGUGGAUCAAUGACUUUAAAGGAUCAAUUAAGAGACGUUGUUGAUGGUUUGAAUCAUGAGAACUUGAAUGUGCGCUAUAUGGUAGUCUGCGAGUUGAGCAAGUUGCUAAACCUAAGAAGGGAGGAGGUUACAGCUCUAAUCACAGCUGAAGCUCGUUCAGACAUGGAUGUUUUGAGCUCUUUGAUCACAUCCUUACUAAGAGGAUGUGCAGAAGAAUCAAGGACUGCAGUAGGACAGCGGCUGAAGCUGGUCUGUGCUGAUUGCCUUGGAGCACUAGGUGCAGUUGACCCUGCCAAAGUGAAGGGUUUUACAUGCCAGCGUUUUAAGAUUGAAUGCUCUGAUGAUGAUCUUAUCUUUGAGUUGAUCCACAAGCAUCUAGCCAGGGCUUUCAGAGCUGCACCAGACACCAUUAUUCAAGACUCAGCUGCAUUGGCUAUACAGGAGCUUCUAAAAAUUGCAGGUUGUGAGGCAUCACUGGAUGCCAGUGCUGCUGCUUCUAUGUCACAGAAAUUGAAGGAUAAGAAAUCUUUGAAUAAUAGAAGGGGUCAAAAACUAUGGGACCGGUUCUCUAAUUAUGUUAAAGAGAUAAUUGCCCCUUGCUUGACAUCUAGAUUUCAGCUUCCAAACGUGGCUGAUUCUGCUUGCACUGGCCCAAUUUACCGCCCAAAUAUGUCAUUCAGGAGGUGGAUAUUCAAUUGGAUAAGAAAAUUGACUGUGCAUGCAACUGGAUCUCGUGCUAGCAUUUUUAAUGCUUGUCGAGGUAUAGUGCGGCAUGAUAUGCAAACAGCCAUAUAUCUGCUGCCAUAUUUAGUCCUUGAGGCUGUCUGUCAUGGUACUGAGGAGGCGCGGCAUAGCAUAACAGAAGAAAUUCUUUCCGUUCUUGAUGCUGCAGCAUCAGAGAACAGUGGGGCUACAGUUCAUGGAGUCAGUGGUGGGCAAAGUGAAGUUUGCAUUCAGGCUGUGUUCACUCUUCUCGAUAAUCUUGGGCAAUGGGUUGAUGAUGUUGAACAGGAACUAGCUCUUUCCCAGUCAUUUCAAUCAUCAGCUUCUAAGCAACAAUCAUCCAAGUCAAAGGAUCAAAGUCCAACUUCUUUGAUAGAUCAGGAGCAACUCCUUGUACAAUGUAAAUAUGUUUCAGAGCUUUUGACUGCAAUCCCAAAGGUGACGCUUGCCCGGGCCUCCUUUAGGUGUCAGGCAUAUGCUAGGUCUUUGAUGUACUUUGAGUCUCACGUGCGGGUAAAGUCAGGUUCUUUCAAUCCUGCAGCUGAAAGGAGUGGUGUUUUUGAGGAUGAAGAUGUUUCAUAUCUAAUGGAAAUAUAUAGCUGGCUGGAUGAGCCUGAUGGUCUUUCUGGAUUGGCAUGUUUGCGUAAAUCAUUAAGGUUACAAGACCAGCUAUUAAUAAACAAAAGAGCAGGAAAUUGGGCAGAAGUUUUAACUUCUUGUGAACAAGCCCUGCAAAUGGAGCCUACUUCAGUUCAGAGGCAUUCAGAUGUCCUUAACUGUUUGCUAAACAUGUGCCACCUUCAGGCCAUGGUGACUCAUGUGGAUGGUUUAAUUUGUAGGAUACCCCAAUAUAAGAAAACAUGGUGCAUGCAAGGUGUGCAAGCAGCAUGGAGGCUUGGUAGGUGGGACCUGAUGGAUGAGUACCUUAGUGGAGCUGAUGAAGAAGGUUUAGUUUGUAGCAGCUCCGAGUGUAAUGCUUCCUUUGACAUGGAUGUUGCAAAGAUUCUGCAGGCAAUGAUGAAGAAGGAUCAGUUCUCGGUUGCUGAGAAAAUUGCACUGUCCAAGCAAGCUCUGAUUGCUCCUCUGGCUGCUGCAGGCAUGGAUUCCUAUACACGUGCUUACCCAUUUGUUGUGAAACUUCACUUACUACGGGAGCUAGAAGACUUCCAGAGUCUUCUUGUUGAUGACUCUUUCUUGGAGAAAACCUUUGAUUUGGGUGAUCUGGGAUUCUCAAAAGUGAUGGAGAACUGGGAGAAUCGACUCAGAUUUGCACAGCCAUUACUUUGGGCAAGGGAGCCACUUUUAGCUUUCCGAAGAUUGGUUUUUGGUGCCAGUGGUCUUGGUGCUCAAGUUGGGAACUGCUGGCUUCAAUAUGCAAAACUCUGUCGCUUGGCUGGUCACUAUGAAACAGCAAACCGAGCAAUUCUUGAAUCUCAGGCUUCAGGUGCACCUAAUGUUCAAAUGGAAAAGGCUAAGCUUUUGUGGAGUACUAGGCGAUCUGAUGGUGCCAUUGCAGAGUUGCAACAAUCUCUCCUCAACAUGCCUGUUGAGGUUGUAGGCUCUGCUGCAAUAUCAUCAAUUACUAGCCUUUCCCUGGUUCCAUUGAACCCACCACCUUUAGUUUGUGAUACUCAGGCUUUAAACGAGAAUCGAGAUAUAGCGAAGACCCUUCUCCUCUAUUCUAGAUGGAUCCAUUACACGGGGCAGAAGCAAAAAGAGGAUGUGAUAUGUCUUUAUUCCAGGGUGAAGGAACUGCAGCCUAUGUGGGAGAAAGGAUACUUCUAUAUGGCUAAAUAUUGUGAUGAACUGCUUGCUGAUGCCAGGAAACGUCAGGAAGAAUCUGAUUUAGGUCCCAGGAUGGUCCCAUCAGCUUCUUCUGUUGGUUCUUCAAAUGUAAAUACUGAGAAGCGUUGGUGGUCUUAUGUGCCUGAUGUACUAUUAUUCUAUGCAAAGGGGCUUCAUAGAGGCCACAAGAAUCUCUUUCAAGCACUUCCAAGACUUUUAACCCUCUGGUUUGAAUUUGGGAGCCUUUAUCUAAGAAGAGGUUCAUCAUCCAAUAAAGAUUUGAAAGAUUUGAAAAGUGUCCAUGCAAAGGUACUGAGUAUUAUGCGGGGCUGUCUGAAUGAUUUGCCAGCAUAUCAGUGGUUAACAGUACUGCCUCAGUUAGUUUCCAGAAUUUGCCACCAAAAUGAAGAAAUUGUUCGAUUGGUCAAGCUCAUCAUCACCUCAGUUCUUAGGCAAUACCCACAACAAGCCCUAUGGAUUAUGGCAGCAGUUUCAAAAUCCACAGUUCCAUCAAGGCGUGAGGCAGCUGCAGAAAUCAUACAAGCUGCACGGAAAGGGUUCAACCAAGGAAAUAGUGGUAACAAUUUGUUUGUUCAGUUUGCAAGCCUGAUUGAUCAUCUAAUCAAGUUGUGCUUCCAUGCUGGUCAGCCAAAAGCAAAGACAAUUAAUAUCUCAACUGAAUUUAGUGCCUUGAAGAGGAUGAUGCCGCUGGGAAUUAUCAUGCCAACUCAGCAAUCUCUUACUGUUAGCCUACCAACAUAUGAAGUAAAUGGCAUAGACUCACUUAACUCUAAUAUCUUUUCUGCCACAGAUCUUCCUACAAUAUCAGGAAUAUCUGAUGAGGCUGAGAUUCUUUCAUCUCUUCAGAGACCUAAGAAAAUUGUUCUAUUUGGAAGUGAUGGCAGUCAACGUCCAUUCCUCUGCAAACCCAAGGAUGACCUCAGGAAAGAUGCACGUAUGAUGGAGUUUACUGCAACUAUUAAUCGUUUGUUAUCCAAAUACCCUGAAAGCCGUCGAAGGAAGCUUUACAUUCGUACCUUUGCAGUGAUUCCUCUAACAGAGGAUUGUGGUAUGGUAGAAUGGGUGCCUCAUACUCGUGGACUACGGCAUAUACUUCAAGACAUUUACAUAACCUGUGGAAAAUUUGAUAAGCAGAAAACAAAUCCUCAAAUUAAACGGAUUUAUGAUCAAUGUCAAGGUAAAAUGCAAGAAGAUGAGAUGCUAAAAAACAAAAUUCUUCCAAUGUUCCCACCAGCCUUUCAUAAAUGGUUCUUGAACACCUUUUCUGAGCCGGCUGCUUGGUUUAGGGCCCGGGUUGCUUAUGCACAUACCACUGCAGUUUGGUCUAUGGUUGGGCAUAUUGUGGGGCUGGGUGACCGACAUGGUGAAAACAUUCUUUUUGAUUCUACCACGGGUGACUGUGUUCAUGUGGAUUUCAGUUGCUUAUUUGACAAAGGCUUGCAGUUGGAGAAGCCCGAGCUGGUGCCUUUCAGGCUAACCCAGAACAUGAUUGAUGGGUUGGGCAUCACUGGAUAUGAGGGAAUUUUCUUGAGGGUUUGUGAAAUCACUCUGUCAGUACUGAGAACACACAGGGAGACCUUGAUGAGUGUUCUUGAAACUUUCAUCCAUGAUCCACUCGUGGAAUGGACGAAAUCUCAUAAGUCCAGUGGGGUAGAAGUUCAGAAUCCACAUGCACAGCGAGCCAUAAGCAAUAUUGAGGCAAGGUUGCAAGGAGUGGUUGUUGGUGUCGGGGCUGCACCAUCUUUGCCUCUAGCUGUAGAAGGCCAGGCUCGUCGAUUAAUUGCAGAAGCAGUAUCACACAAAAAUCUUGGCAAGAUGUAUAUAUGGUGGAUGCCAUGGUUUUAAGAGUUGAUUAAAUAGAGUGGUUUUUCUGUAGAGUCCAGGUCAGGCAUGCCAUGGUUUCAAAUCCUGUCCAAUUGCUUGCACCAGUUUACUGUCAGUUGACUGUUUUAGGAGUGCAUCCGGGAUUAGGAUACAGAGAAUAUAGGACUCUCUGUAAUGUGAUAUUUCCUUUUGUAUAUUCUUUUUGGUAGGCAUUGGUCUUUUGCUUUUUUUAUGAUGUAACAUACAUGUAAUUAAAUGUCAUUUAUUCCUUUAUACAUCAAUGUAACAUAUCAUCUCUGUUC